CAGCCAUCUCUAUUUUCGGUGUUGUGUUCAUUGUGCAAAACAGCGAAUUGAAGUGCAAAGUGUUUGUAGCAAAAAAAUAUUCGUGAAGAAUAAGUGUAAACCAAAAUUAUGUGAUUUUAUUGAAACAGAGUAAAAUUUAACGAUAUUUUCAUUAAAAUUGUUGCUAAUUUUAUGUUGGUGCUGUUUGUAGAAGUGAUUUUGCGGAAAAGAAUCGGCAAAGUGUCUUUAAAAACCGACGCAAGUAAAAACGUAAAAAAAUUAAAGAACACCGCAUAGCCACAGCAGGUGUACAGCUAGUAAUAAAUAAAACAAAGCAGUGAAAACCUAAAAUCUAACAGACUUGUGAAAAAAAAUUUAAUUAUAUAUAAUUGUGGCCACCCAAGAAGAAAAAAAACCAACAACACUUUAGCUUCAGCGCUGAAAUCUUUAAACCGCUCAACUCGCCUCCGCUCAGCGCCUUUGCUUUGGUGCUGAUUUCUUGUAUCUUUUGCCGCCUCCGAACCAUCGACGGUUAGUGUCCUGCAGCACCUGCAGACCACCUCCGCGGCAGCUGCCAGCGUCAUGGGCAGCGUUUGGAAGCGUUUGCAGCGCGUCAAUAAACGGGCCGCUAAAUUUCAAUUUACCUCAUCCUAUCAUGAACUGCGCCUAGAAACGACUGCCAAAUGGCGCCCUUCAAAUCUGUCCGUUGUUUGGACACGCCGUUCACGCCGUGUCGUGUCGAUGCCGUUAGCUUGGGAGCCGGAUAUGGUGAAUCCGCUGGUGGGCCACAUAUCCUGGCCAGUGCCAGACAAUCAUUCUAUUUCGGUGACACUUUUCAAGGAUCCACGCACCCACGAACUGGAAGAUAAGGACUGGACGUUUGUCAUUGAAGAUAUAACACAUCUCGGCAAAAAACGGGUCUUGGCCUCGGCUAGCAUAAAUAUGCGCAAAUACGCGAGUAUCGAGUCGACACAGCAGAGCUUUACGCUCAGCCUAAAGCCGACCUCGCGUAAGAUUACCGCCGCUGAACUGGAAUUGACAAUCAGUUGUGUGUUCCUGCGGGAGGGCAAGGCGACUGACGAGGAUAUGCAGAGCGUCGUCUCGCUGAUGUCCGUCAAUAAUAAUUGUGAUGUUGCUCCACUGGACGACCUAGAGGAUAUACCCGAUCUGGAGAGUUCGGGUGAUAUUUCGGAUCAUUUGUUUGAUUUCACCCAACAGUUGGAGCAGAUGACGACUAGUUUGAACGGUUGCAUGGAUCUGCCAACGCCAUUGAGUGUUCCUUCCUUGUCCGAAGAUCCAACUCCAUUGGCUGAACAUAAUCGUUUGAAUUUUGAAUUCGAAUCAGAGAAACAAUUUGGAUUCGACACUAGUGACGAGCUACUCAAGACGCCGAGCGCUGCGCAACCGCAACCACAAUCGCAGCCCGAACAGCGUCCAACAGAAAAAGAAAACGCUGUCGCUGUCGCUGAACCGGAGUCGAAGUCUUCGGCAACUGCGCUGACCCCUGCCAAACCCUUAGAAGACAGCGUGCUGCCGACCAACCUAAAGAGCAAAAUUAUUACAUCCACUCCAAUCGCCACUCUCGCCAAGGGCGGCGAUAGCAAACCGAGCGAGCCGAGUGAUGUUAGCGCGCGUCGUGAACUCAACUUUCAAGCCAACAAAAGCAACAGCAUUGACGUGUCAUCUGCGCAGCCAAAUGGCGACAACAAGAAAGUGGUGUCCAGCGUUGCUGCCGUUGCUGUCAGUGAAGAAGCGAAGGCGGUGGAUGUCAAAACUGAACAGAAAUCAGCCAAAAUUAGCAACAGCAAGUCUACAACACUCAGUUCUUUGCUAUCUAUGUCGACUUCGGCUCCGCCAACAGUGUCGACACCGAAUACGGCAGCUGAUAAUGACUACUUGAGGGAAAAGUCCGUUACUACAGGCAGCGGUAGCGGUAACGUAGCACCGCCAAAACCCGCGCGCAGUGAGUCAAAACGCGCCGAAUUGCCACCGCUUAAUUUGAAGAAGAGCUAUGAGCAUGACAACAACAGCAAUAGCAGCAUAAGCAAUAACAUGACCAGCAGCAUUAGCAACACGAAUAACAAUCAUUUGAGCAGCGUUAACAGUAACAACAGUUUACAGCUGAAUGGCUCUGCCAAACCGGUCGAGAAGAUCGUGUUGAAGGAGAAUACGCCGGGCCAGGACUUGCUGGAGUGGUGCAAGGAUGUUACGAAAGACUAUCCAAACGUGAAGGUGACUAAUUUGACGACCAGCUGGCGCAACGGCAUGGCAUUCUGUGCGAUCAUUCACCACUUUGAACCCGACCUAAUCGACAUGUCAAAACUGUCCGCACACGACGUCGUAGGCAAUUGUCGCACAGCCUUUGACGCCGCCGAAUCGUUGGGCAUUCCCCGCGUGAUUGAGCCGCGUGACAUGAGUUUGCUGGCUGUGCCAGAUAAAUUGGCUGUGAUGACGUAUCUGCAUCAGUUGCGUGCGCAUUUCACCGGCAAACAAUUGCAAAUUGAGCAAAUAGGACCGACAUCCGACGAGUCGAGCUAUGUGAUUGGCAAUUACAAGUCGGACAACCUCUCGCAGAAUCUACUCAAUUUAAGCCACUUAAAAGCGCAACUGUUGCACCAGAACUCGCUAGACGACGACAUAUUAGGUGUAGAGACGAAAAAUAACUCGGCGCCCGCACAGCCAUCGCCGACAGCGAAGAAAGAUGUAAAGAACAUAAUACUCUCUGGCUCGAAGAAUAUUUUGGGCAAGGUGCUUUCACCCAGCAAAGACAAGAACUCGAUCAACGCAUCGCAACAUGGUCAAGUUGGUAACCAGACACCGCCUGCCGAAGGUAAGGAGAGCACUAAUGGUGGCGACCUAAAUGUGUGUGCUACGACUGUUGAGUCGAAUCCGGUGCAAGCCGAUAAACAACAGUUGGCACCCCAUUCACCUACAGCAUUGGAUCCGAAUGCGGCAAAUCGCAUUUUGUCACGUCACAAGGAAAUGAGCGAAAAGGCCAAGUUAAUGAUCGAAAAGCUGAAAGUUUCCAAUGGCGUGGAGCGCAACGAGCACGACGAGGAACGUAAGCAACGUUUGCGUGAGCAGGCGCGUCGCCUCAUACUCGAGACUCGAACCAAAUCAGUGAAUGGUGGCAGCGGUGGCGGCAACUUAGACAGUCCGACCACGCCGACGAAACUGAAACGAAUGAACUUCUCACCCGAGCGCACCAUUUCACCCAUACCCAACGGCAUCGAGGACUAUGGUGUGCCCAGCACGGGCAGCAACUCACCAAUCAAGGUGCCGAUGUCGCCGUCGAAGAAAAUAACGCCGCCACGCGAUGUGGACACGCUUUCGACGACCACAAAUAGUAAUAGUAAAUUGAUGAGUCCUAGUCAUAGAUUAAGCGAACGCUUCAGCAAUGGCACAAGCAACAGCGGUAGUAAUAGUCCACUGCAGUCGUUCAAUGCCGUCAUGGAGCGCAUUUCACCAAAGAACGACAAGAAGGGCGACAAACGCUCCUACAUCGAAUCGGAACUGGAGGCGCUCGAGCGCGAACAGGAGGCCAUCGAUCAGAAGGCCAGCUGCCUAGAGAAGAAACUACGCGCUGUCAUGGGCGGCAAUCCAAGUAAUAAUCGUUCACAACGUAACCCUUUUAUUAGAUUAAUACGCAAUAGUAUUGGUGGUGGUGAUAGUAUACGUAUUAAAUUGCUUGACAUGGAUAGCGAUGGCCAGUUUUCAUUAUCGCCUUCGGGCGAAGACACUACGCCGUGCACAUCAUCGGGCUCCGCGACACCCUCAUCCUUGUCCAGCGAUGAGGAGACGUCCGUACGCGCAGGCGAUGUGCGAUCGGCGUUGACGGUGGACGGUGCUGAUGUUGAUGAGAAUGUAGUGCGUCGACGACGCAAGCGACGACGUCAACACCGUCAUCGUGCGCCUACGGCGGAGCAUGCUAGUCAACAUCAGCAACGAACGCCGCGCAGCCGUCCACGCUCACAAUCAUGUAUUGUCGAUGCGAAUGAGAAUCAUAGGAAUCAUGCGCAUCCGCAACAGUCGCACAAUAGGUUUAUAAGUAGCCGAAAUUUCGCAAACGCUUUUGCGCCGUUCAAUUUUAUCUUCUCCUCCUCCUCCAAUACGAACACAACUACAACCAGAGCUUCCUCAAAUCAUUCCUCCUGUGAUAAUCUGCCAAAGGUGCACUUACACUUGCCAUGUGAUGCUGAGGGCGACAUUGACGACGACACACGGCGCAUCCGUUGCCGAACCGAGGAGCCGCCUAGCGGCCGAAGACGAUCGCGUAGCCGCUGCCAGUGCCAUUGUCGCGCUGGUGGCGACUGCGGUGGUGAAACCGAUGAGACGGAGGAGCAACUGCUGUCGCAGUGGUUUACGCUGGUUAACAAGAAAAACGCGCUGCUGCGCCGCCAAAUGCAGCUCAAUAUACUUGAGCAAGAAAGUGAUUUGGAGCGCAAAUACACGCUUUUAAAUCAGGAACUGCGGGCCGCGCAGUCUGUGGAAGAUUGGCGAAAAACGGAAGCACAGCGUGAAAAGGAGCGGCUGCUGCUCGAGGAGCUGGUUGCUAUUGUGGACAAACGUGAUGAGCUGGUGCAGCAUUUGCAUAGUCAGGAAAUUGCUAUCGAGGACGACCACGAAAUCGCGCGCGAACUGGAGCAAGUGGACAUCAGCGGCGACAAGGACAAGUGCGUACUACAAUAAGAGCACCUCGGCACUGCUGCUGCUCGGAGCAAAGUGUUCAAGGCGAGUGAGUCGCAUGGCUGCGCACGUGCGAACAAUGGAAAAAACGUGAAACAACGCAGAAAAAGUGAAAUUAAAUGUAGUUAGUGUUUGAUAAUUUGGGGAAUACGUUCAAUAUGCAACUGACGUAUUCAUUUUCUACAACAGCGACCAUUAAGGAAACAUUCGCUUUACCUAUAACCUAUUGCUUAUGAAUUUAUGUAUUUACUUACAUAUAUCGUAUGUAUGUAUGUUAGUUGAAAUAUGUGCGUAAAGCAGUGAAUUAUUUUAAUUGCUAAAUUAAAGUGGCGGUGUGAACGCUUUUGUGCAAAACCAGUUUAAUACCUUAAAACAGGAGAAUAGACAAACUUAAUUGCCAGCAAUUGCAAAUAUUAAGCGCUACAUUAUCUUCAUUUGUAUGGGUGAAUGUGUGACCUACAAAGCACAACUUCUUAUGCAUACCCUCGCUUGCAGACAACAAAAUAUUCAACGAUGACAAUUACGAAAUACGGAUUUGAUCAGUGUAAUAUUCUCUCUAAAAGUAAAAAACAAAAAAUAUAAUCAAAGAAAAUUAACUAAAUACUUAACACGAGUUGCAUAACGACAAAAUACGAGGCCAGCGUAGAGCACACAACCGAUUCUCGAUCACUUGGCGUUGUAAGCCAAACAAUUCCCUCUCUACUGUCGCUGGAGUAUAUUGCAUUUCAUUCUCAGUGCGUCAAAAACGAAACUUUUACUUUGCCAAUAAUUUCUAUGGCGAAUGUGUCAAAAGAACAAUGUCAAAUGCAACUCAAACACAAAUUUGAAAAACGUCCGUUAGUUUUGUAAGCAACAACAGAAACAAAAAACUUAAAAACAUGAAGAAUACCGAAUAGUGAAUAUAACCGGAAACCGUUAACUAUGAUUUUUUACACAGCUUUCAUUUGAUAAGAGCUUAUUGUGCCAUUUUUCUGUUCCACUCACUUACAUUUUAACAGUUUAACGAUACUCAUUUUCACACCGUUAUAUUCAUUUGCAACGCCUUUAUUGCAACACUUCAACAUUUCACACCUGAUGUUUUGGUUUGAGCGCCGCGUUCGGUUGGCGAACUUAAUUGCUUCAACUUAAAUUAGCUUUAUCAAUUGCUUUAGUUGAGUUAUGUGUGUGCGUGUGUGCGUUUUCAGAGCGCACCAUUGUAAACUAUUUUGAAUAUUAAUAUUUUUAAGUUGUAAUUAUGUUUUAAAUAAUGAAAAUACAAUAAAAUUAGUUAAUAAUUUGACUAGUGUGAUCCUAACUGUAAACUGUACCUACCUAUUUAUUAAUUAAACAAGCAAAAUAAAAUGUAGUUUAUAUGUA